AUGGCAAGAACAAGAGCGACCAAAGCCGCACCGGCGGCAAAGACCGAGUUGAGCAAUGCCUCUUCGACGGCCAAAUACACGCUACCCGAAGAGUCGUCAAGUGCUCCUCAGCUGUUCAUAAUCCCCCAUAAAGCUACCCGUGAGGCUCGCAUAGUCUCUCUUCCCAACCCUCGCUACUCCAAGCCCACCCGCUACCUGCUUUGCCCGGAGACAGGCAUCUAUGAGUUCACAAAGGUUGCUGCGCCGAAGACCACACCAAGGAGCUGGAUGAUUGAGAUACCCGCUGGCACGCUGGAGGAGUCAGACGUAAAGGACGAAUCUCGGCUUGAAGCCCAAGUCACCAAUGGCGCCGACCUUUUCGUCGCGACAGCCGUGGACCCUCUAUUCCUCCUCGUUCCAGGCCUGUUUGGCACCGCGAAGCCAAUAGACACGAAGCGACUGUUCCUUUCCAGCGACGACCACUUCGAUGCAGUCUCGACUUCGUCUUCUCACAUGUCCGAAGCUCUGCGAUGCCCCAAGACGAGAGCGCUCCUCGAGUCACGCAUGGAAGUUGUGUGUGAUACGGUCGACGCUGGCGAUGAGAAGAUGUACCGGCUGAGCGAGAAGAAGCUUGUCCUUGAGAUUCUGGCAAAGGCACGGUCUAUGAGUUCCAAGGGGCUUCCUGCCAGCAUGGACGAGAAGUUUGUCAAGAAAGUCUUGGAAGCUCCUAUUCAAGUUCAGAAGUCACAAGCUGCCAAGGUGGAAGUGGCUGCGAACGAGGCGAAUACGUCAACAGCCUCGAACGAAUCUGGCGAAUCCCAGUCAUCCGUCUCAACUGUCGACAGCAAAGCCUCAGCAGCAUCCAAUGCUUCCACAGCAGCCACGUCUGUCGAUGGACAACCAUCCGAAGAAACCGUCGUUAGUGCUAUCCAAGCAUCCGCCGAGGUGACCAGCUUGCAACGGCUCAAGGUUGCCUUCAGCUUCAUCUGCUCGAGCUAUGUUGCGCCAAGCAUGUCGUUGAUUCUUAAGAAGCUCCUUAACGACAAGGAAACUUCGGGUGUCGACUUCUCGCCAUUGGACGAAUAUUUGGUCCAACUCACCAAGCUUCGCGCAGAAGCUGCCUCGUCCCGCUCGAUGGCUGACUACUCGAGGAAGCGCAUGCUCGACGAGGAAGAGGAGGAGGCCCGCGCUGAGAAGAAGCGCAAGAUGGAAGAGGAAAAGAAGAAGAAGGCCAGCCAAACGCGAGGCGUGAAGGCCUUGAGCAAGGUCAACACCACAGGUAUGAAAAAGAUGAGCGACUUCUUCAAGAAGAAAUAG